AGAUAAAACUUCUCUUUGGCCCUUAUCAGAGUUCAGUCGCGCAAAUUACCAAAAGCGUGUCACCUACACAGCCCUUAAAAACGCGUAAAAAUCCUUACAAAGUGACCAUUAAAUGGGGUUAGUCAUUAAUUAAUUGUGGACGUAGUGAUUUAAAAAAAAAAUGUCUUGUAAUUGUGCUACACCUCGUGGAAUCGAGGUAAAAAAUUCCGACACACAAUCAGAAGUGUCGGAAAGCGGCACGGCUACUUCUGGUUUCAACUCAAAUUGGGGCUCCAGAGAGGAAUUAAGGGAUUUUGUUGCCAAACACGGAUUAAAGGACAUUUCGGAUUUGUACCAGGACCGGUUCCGGGUCGACCGCAAAAAGUUGGAACAGAUGCUUAGUGGGGACAACGAUGCACUGAUCCCUGCUGACGUUUUUUUUGCGAACAUUAUGGAAGACACUGACACUUACAUAACGUGGCCAAACAAACUCAAAUUGGGGGCUAAAUCGAAAAAGGAUCCUCACGUGAGGAUCGCCGGCAAAGAAGAGGAUGUUAAAGCCGCCAAAGACAGGAUUAUGACGGUUUUGUACACGAGAUGCAAUCGUGUAACCAUGAAAAUGGACAUAAGUUACACGGACCAUUCGCAUAUUAUCGGCAGAGGAGGGCUGAGUAUUAAACGUGUCAUGGAAGAAACUCAAUGCCACGUACAUUUCCCUGAUUCGAAUCGUUCGAAUCCGAUGGAAAAAAGCAAUCAAGUUUCGAUUUCGGGCGAUUUGGAAGGGGUUGAAAAUGCAAGGAGUCGCGUUAGGGAAUUAAUUCCGCUGAUUUUUGGGUUUGAGCCUCCAAUAAUGGCCCAAAAUAUUGAUAAUACGUGUCCUUACGUAAUUAAAAUCCAGGAACAGUACAAAGUGCAAGUCAUGUUCAAAACUAGGUCCAAACUUCAUGCUACUAUAGUACUAGUCAAGGGAGUCGAAUGGGAGGUGGAGCAGGUGAAGCAGGCUACAAUUUUGCUCAUGGAAUACAUGUGCGAAAAUUUGACGAACCAAAUUCCGGUUCAAAUGACUAUCCAAAUUUCGCCCCAACACCAUGCAAUCGUUUUGGGCAAAAAUCAUUCAAACCUAAAGGCAAUCAUGCACUACACCAAAUGCCAAAUCAUGUUUCCUGAUGCCCAGGACCAAAAUAUCCCGAGUUUGAAGCGAAGUAAUGUUAAUAUUUCUGGAAAUAUACAUAGUGUUUAUACCGCUCGUCAGCUGCUAAUUGGAAGUUUGCCACUCUUGAUUAUUUUCGACUUGCCUGAAGAUAUUGCAAAUCUCAAAGUUCGUUCUGAACAAAUCGACGAAAUCCAAAAUACUUGUGACGUCACAAUUACUGUAAGACAAAAGUCAAAGCAGAUGAUUAAAGCUUGCAUCAUCAAGGGCAUCGAACGGCAAGCUUCAAACAUAUACAAGGCCCGAAAUUUAAUCCUGGGUAUCGACGAUCCGCCCAUCCAGGCCGAUAUUCCCCGCCUUUACCACAUCCCAAGCACUCCGUCGCCCAAUAAUGACCUGUUGACCACUCCCACUAACCUAAACCCCUCCCCUUUGACCCCGAUAUUCACUUGGCAUUUUUCCUCUGACCAAACCACGCCCUUUGAAAUUGUCCAAAAGCCACAGAUGUUGUACAACAACAACAACAACAACAAGAUGCAACAAUCGUCCAACAGUAGCGGUUUCCAAUCGUUUGAACAAGUUAAAGCUGAUACUAGCCUCCUGUCUAGUAUUUCCAGCAAUAGUAGUAACUACGUGUCAAGCCCUCCAACGGUGUUUUCGCCCCAAAGUGAUAAUAACAUCCCCACUACUUCUGAUUACCAAUCAAUGAAUGAGAAAAAGUCCGCCAGUUUCGAUUAUGACUGCAGCAAGCGUUUGGCUGGUUUCAAGGCGAUGCAGGGGCGUCCAAACCCUGAUGUGUAUAGGGUGCCCACCGCUAUGUGGGCAGGGUACGGCAUAAGUCACACAAGUCCUGCUGGAAUGUUGAAAAAAGAAGACGAUAUCUGGAAACCCGCAGAAGCGUUUCCAUCAACAUCAGGGCUUCACAACACUAGUAACAUUCUAGACCACACUCCCACCCACUUUAUAAACCGCAUUGCCAACACCACUUGGUCUGAUUUGCCGUCACUUCUAAGUGCCUUAGGUUUGGACCGUUAUAUCAGUCUUUUCAUUCGACAUGAAGUUGAUUUGCCAACGUUUACGACUCUUUCCGACAAAGAUUUGAUGACAAUCGGAGUGACAGCAUUCGGAAGUCGUCGCAAAAUGCUAUUGGCUAUCUCGGAACUCAACAAGAGAAGUUGUACGUUUUCGGCGGCUCCUGGAGCAGAGCGCAAAAGUUCCUCUUCGAAUUCGCCCCCAAGUCAUGACAACAGUCCUCGUCAAAGUUGGUAAUUAGACAGUUGUACCAAUCAUUGUGACUUUUGUUUGCUAUUUGUAUUUUGUUUUAAUUGUUGUGUUGUUGGAGAUUUUGGAAAAUUGGUUGUUGGUGAUUGAUAAAAUUCCGCAAAUUAUUUCUUAAAAAUUCUGCGCGCAUUUUUAUAGCAAUAAUCUGGAGGGAGUUUUAUGUGUACUCGUUUUAUAAUUAAGCCGAUCAAUUGUGAUAUUUUAUGAGCAUUGCCCCAUUUUCAUAUCAUGUUCAUAUAGUUUUUAACUGGAGUAAUUUUAAGGACAGAUUUUGUAAGCAAAAGUUUUAAUUUGCUUCUUUUGAUUAUUUGAUUCACUUUUUGUACCUUUUAUGAGAUAAAUUAAAACUUUUGUACCCUGUGAUGUAAAUCCUUAUUCUACUACAUAUAAUUUAUUGUUAUUAUUAUAAAAACUACCAUUAUUAUUAUUAUUAUUAUUGAUGCUUAAAGCAAUUAUUACAAAUGAA